CAUUCCUGCAGUGAGUGUGACCUUUGACCUCGUUGUUGUGUCCUCCCCUUCUUGCAUUCCAAAGUGAGGGUUUCCUGCAGUAUGCUCGGAGCGUUUGUAGCUGCUGGGGUCUGCUCGCCAGUGCGCCCUGUGCAUGUUUACUAGCUAGCCAACGAUUACAAAGACGAGGGCAGUGCCGUUCAACCAGAAUAUAAAUUUGAGAUUAAUGCAAAUUCAAAAGCCACGGAAUUCCACAUCGUCGGGUCCGGACCAAAAGGAAAAUAGAUUCUGGUCUAUUAAGCGAAAGGAAACGGCAUCAGAAAUUUCGGAAACUGAAGCUAGCUGGGUCUGCCUUGAACGGUCUUCAUAUCCCCCUUAUUGAGCAAGCUUGCUAACGUAGCCGAGACAGGACAGCGAGGAAAUGAAGGACAAACAGAAGAGAAAGAAGGAGCGCACGUGGGCUGAGGCGGCUCGUAUGGUCCUGGAGAACUUCUCGGACGCCCCCAUGACCCCCAAACAGAUCCUCCAUGUCAUUCAGACGAAAGGCCUGAAGGAAAUGAGAAGUGGCACGGCUCCUCUGGCCUGCCUGGUCACCAUGCUUCACUCUCAGGUGCGGGGCGACCGAGUGAAGAACAGCAUCUUCUUCAAGCUCCCAGGCAGAAUGAGUCUCUUCACCCUAAAGAAAAAUGCCCUUCAGUGGACAAAGAGCCCCACAGCGACAGAGGGUGCGGAUGCUGCUGCGACAGCUACCCAGGCGACCGCAUCCACAGCCACAGUCGGCACGGCAGAGGGGGCCGAACAGGAGAGCUGCGACUCCACGGAAACGGCUGCUGCCAGCGGUGAGAAUGACGCCUCGGUGGACGAGACGUCCUCCAGCGCCUCCUGCUCCACAGAACCCCAGACCCGGCUCAGCCGAUCCUCACAGUCCGGCAGACAGAGAAAGAAGUCGGUGAUGAUGCCUCGCGUCGUUCUCACUCCACUCAAGGUCAACGGAGAGCACGUGCCAUCAGGAGCCCAGGGGAGGCGCAGGGAAGGCACUAGGGGGGGUUCGGGCCCCACACUGCGUGCCCACUCCGAGCUGGGCUGGAAGCGCCCCCAGCACUUCAAGAGCAUGCGUGGCCUCCGCUCAGGACCCAUGAAAAGAAGCCGAGGAGUAGAAGUCGAUUUCGAGACCCCAGGAUCCAUUCUGGUGAACACCAACAUUCGAGCACUCAUAAACAUGCGCACCUUCGCUGCCUUCCCCCCACACUCCCAGCAGCAGCUGCUACAGCUCUUACCUGAGGUCGACCGACAGGUUGGCCCCGACGGACUACCUCGCCUCAGUAGUUCAGCCCUCAAUAAUGAGUUUUUCACACACGCCUCACAAAGUUGGAAAGAGCGAUUGGCCGAAGGUGAGUUUACCCAUGAAAUGCAGGUGCGCUUCAGGCAAGAGAUGGAGAAAGAGAAGAAAGUGGAAGCAUGGAAAGAGAAGUUCUUUGAGGAGUACCAUGGCCAACGGUCUGGCCUGACACACGAGGAGGCCUUGAAACUGACCAUGAGUGACCCAGGGGACGAAGCAGCGGCCGUGCUGGACAGAGACACGGCUGCCGUCGCCACGCCGAAGCGCCGCAGUGUGGGCCGCCGGCGCCGGGAGGGCCGCAUCAGGCGCCGCUCACGAGCAGACCUGCGUCGCCGGGCCCGACGGACCCUCUGCAAGACCAGUCCCGCCGCCGCCGCCGCUUCCGCAGCCGAGCAAGCGGAGAGCGCCGAACCCUCGGACGACGGUGCCGCCACCGCCGCCACUCCUGACGAUGCCCCCUCCACGCCGCUACCGGAGGCCGCCGCAGCCGCUGCCGUGCAGGGCGAGGUGGUCCUGCCCGCCGACUCAGAAAUGGAGACCCCUGUCGAGGUCCCUUCCCCGGAGGCGGCCCCCUCCUCCCCCGUCCCGGAGCCCGUCCCGACCCCGGCCUCCACCGUGUCCAGCGACGAGCCCGAGGCGUCCGAGGUCUCCGCCCGGCUGCUGCCUGACGUGCCCGAGCCCCCCGUGGCCUCCACCUCCUCGCCCUCCUCUUCGUCUUCCACCUCCUCGUCCUCGUCGCCCUCUUCGUCGCCCUCCUCCGCCUCCGACCGCCAGGGAGCCUUCGCCGCCAGCUCGGACUCCUCCUCCUCCUCGUCCUCUUCAUCGUCGUCGUCCUCCUCCACGGCCGCCAUCGCCACCGACCCGCUGGACGACGGCGCGUCCGUCAUCACCACCGGCACGGCGGGCACCGGCGCCAGCAGCAGGGAGAGCAGCCCGGCCGCCAGCCCCGCCACCUCCAGCACCUCCGCCGGCCUGUCCAAGGAGCAGAAGAGGCGCCCCGACGAGCCCCAGGCCUUCACCAGCUUUCCCGAGAAACGGCCGCGGCUCGACGAGCGUCAGUCCUUUCGUAACACAGUUGACUGUGUCCACUCGGAAAAGCCGCAGCCCACAACCGAGGAACCCAAGGUCCCGCCAAUCCGGAUACAGCUCUCCCGGAUCAAACCGCCCUGGGUCAAGGGGGCGCCAACGUACCAAAUCUGUCCCCGGAUCGUGCCCCCCAACGAGGGGUCGGGGGGGCGGCGGUCCGGGACGGGGGCGCGGACGCUGGCGGACAUCAAAGCCCGCGCCCAGCAGGCCCGUGCCCAGCGAGAGGCCGCUGCUGCUGUUGCAGCCACUGGCGACGGGGCAGGGCCCGGCGGGGGCGGCCCGGGGGGCGGUUCUGGGCUACCGGAUCGCAGCAGCGGGCGGCGGACCCGAGAGCACCCGGGGCCGGUCGAGCCGGGAGGAGGCGGCGGCGGCGCGGGGGCCGAGAUGGAGGAGCAGAGCUCACCUGCGAGCUCUCAUUCGUCUGGAGCACAACUACAGCUGUCCGCUGUAGACUCGGAGAGGACCGCGAUGACCACCACCACGGCGUCGUCGGCGUCAUCGGCGUCAUCGUCCGCGACAACCACGGCCGCCUCCACGCCCAAGGCCCACGCCCCGUCUCCGUCCACCUCCUCCAACCCGUCGUUUCCUCCGUCGGAGCCUCCGCAGACCCCCACGCCGUCCCCGUCGGUAGGGGGCAGCCCUGUCUCACAGGCCCAGACGGAGGAGCUCUCGCCGGGGGAGGAUAAGCUCUCGGCCAGCCCCAGCGACAAGGCCUCGGACGACGCUGAGCCGGACACUCCAAAACAGAUCCCCACCGAGCCGGAGUCGGUGGGCAGCGUUCCGGACGGCUCCUCCACGGAGGAAGCCGACUCGAACGACGGCGGGCCGCCGCCGGAGAGCAGUCCGUCGCCGCCGGCGAUGGAGAAGGGGCCGAGCGGGGCGGUGUCGCUAAUGCCCACGUCCAUCCCGGACUCCCUGCCCAGGUUCGGAGCGCAGGGGGUGGACGUGAUCAGGACGCGGACGGCCGUCGGGAGCCAGGCCUGGGAAGCCGAGCCGCAGAGCGGGCACGAGCAGCGGUCGGCGUUGGCCGGCGUCAUCCAGCACGGAUCGGACGUCAAGCCACCGCAGGAGACCCCUACCGUGGUGUCCAGGAACGGACUGAGCGAGGAGGAGGGCGGCGGCAGGGGCGAGCGAGGGCUUCGCUGCGGCGCUGAGGUCGGGCUGGACAGCAAGCCCGUCGCAGCCUUCGAGAACUCCGUCGCUCACCUCUCCGGCAUCGCCGGGGACGACGACGCAGGGGGGCACAGCGACUCCACGGAGACCGCCUCCGAUUUCGAGAACGAGGCCCCGGAAGAGGAGUCGGUGGACUGGCACACGUCGACGCCGGCCGACUGCAACGGCGUGGCGCUCCAGAGCGGCGCCAAGCCGCAGAACCAGCCGGUCAUCCAGAGCCCCACGCGGCUGAUGUCCCGGACAUUCAGCCCGCCUCCCCAGCACCAGCAGCAGCCGGUGAUCCACUCCCACGUGUCCAACCCUGGCCAGUGCCAGUCGGUCAUCCAGCAGACCCGCUUCCCCAACGGUGUCCAGAACCAGCCCGUUAUUCAAACCCAGAAACAGCAGCAGCAGCAGCAGCAGCAGCAGCCGUCGUCACAACAACAGCAUCCUAGCCGCGGUGCUCACGUCUCAAACCACAUCCUGGACCAGGCGUCCAGUACGGGGCUGCAGGGCAUGGGUCAUACGCACCUGGCCCAGGCGGAGAGAGACCAGAACCGUAACAACGGGAAGUCCGUUAUCCAAACCGAAGCGUCCGACGAAGCCAAAUUCCUCCGGCGGAUGUCGGCGGAGGACAAGUCCGGCUCUGUCCAGCAAGUCAAGAAGCCGGCGGGCUCGGCACGGCCGAUGUCGUCGGUGGAGGCCAACAACCCGCUGGUCACCCAGCUGCUCCAGGGCAGCCUCCCGCUGGAGAAGGUGCUGCCGCAGCCGCACUCGGCCAGCAAGCUGGAGAUCAACCGGCUCCCCGGGAGCCCCACGGUGUCCCAGCAGCAGAUCGGCCGCCACCCGCCCGCCGGACCUCAGCCUCGCGGCGCCGCGUCUGGCCCUCGCUUCAGGAGCCCCAGCGACUCCUCGUCGUCUGGCCCCACGGACUCCCCCGGCCCCGAGUUCUCCCCUCCCCCCAGCCAACACAAGUUGCCCCCUGGCACGAGGGGCUCUCCGGGGCCUGGCCGCGGGUACGGGCCGCAGGUGCCCGGCUCCAUGCCGUCACGGGCGGCGUGCUUGUUCGAAGAGGCCAAGAGGCUUCCGCCGGGCGCCGUGCCGGUCAUCACGUCCCUCCCCUCGUCCUUGUCCAUGUCCUCGUCGUUGUCUUCCUCCUCCUCCUCUGGUCGGCGUCCUCCGCUGGACGUUACCUCGCAGAGCGCUUACGAGUCGGCGGUGAUCAAAGAGCUCCCCGGGCAGCAGCAGCAGCAGCCCAUGCGGGGCGGAACUCCGGAACGGCCCGGAAUGUUCCAGCAGCAGCACUCCAACAGCCUCGGGCCGCCGCACUCCCGCACGACCACGCCGGACGCGCCGUCCCCUCCCCACGGCGACCUCUGCCCCUCCGAGGUCGUCCCCACCGUCAAGAUCAACUGGCGGCCUACCAAAGCCCCGCCCCCCCACCCUCCUCAGCCCUAUCAGCAGCAGCAGCUGUCUCCGGUCGCCGCGGUGAAGAACGAGGUUUCGUCGCGCCCCUCUUGCCAGGCGCUCACCAAAAACCCCCCAGGAGGAGGAAACGGCCCCGCGACGGCCGCCCCACCUCCUGCUGCUGUGAUAACCAAAAAGGAGCCGCCGAGCUCCAUGGACAGUUUCUUGAGCGGCGGCGCCAUGGAGGGCCUGCUCAACAUGGAGAUGUCGCUGGUGCGCAUGGCCAAAAAGGAGCAGGGCCGGAGCCCGUACGGUCGCCAGGGCGACCUCUCCUCGCCCAUCUCGUCGUCGUCGCCGUCCUCCGCCGCCUCGUCGCUGCCCUUCCAGCUGUACGGCAAGCCGCCCAAGCUGCAGCAGAGCACGGGCGGCGGCAGCGGCGUCGGCGGGUUCAGCUACACGGCCAACGUGUCGGUGGUGGACGGGAGCGGCUUCUCGCGGAGCAUCGCCGACAGCGUGCUCCACCUGCGGCAGCGCGCGGGCACCGGGAACGGCGGGCUCGGCGGCGUGGGCGUGGGCCAGAGCGCGGCGCUCAGCAUCCAGGCGUUCGCCGACAGCGCCGCCGAGGAGGUGGCCCUCAAGUGCUCGUGCAGGCUCAAGGCCAUGAUCAUGUGCCAGGGCUGCGGUGCCUUCUGCCACGACGACUGCAUCGGCCCAUCCAAACUGUGUGUGUCCUGCCUGGUGGUCAGAUAGUCUGCCUUCGGCGGUCGCCCCCCCCCCCCUCCCCCCCUCCCCCUCACUGCUCGGUGCAAGGUGACACCAGGGCCAGGUGAACGACACCGUCUUGCCAUAAUCUCUCAGAAAAGAAAAAAAUAAACUGUCAGUCUCUUUUGCCUCUUGUUUGGAAGUUGACAGUGUUACAGGACUCAUGAGAGAGAGCUUGGGGGGUGUUGAAAUGGUGUGUGGCCCAUUGUUGAUGUUCUGGCAGGACGGUUGGGCUGGAAGAGGCCUUGUAACAUAAAAACCAGUCUGUAUUUUUGUUGCAUAUAUUUUCUAUUGCUGUUAUGAUGUUAUUAUUAUUGCCAAGAUAAUAAUAAUGAUAAUUAUUAUUGUUAUUAUUAUUGUGAAUUUACCUGGCACGGUUGGUUGUAAAUUGUGCCUUUUUUUGUUUUUGUUUAACUUUUUUUUUUCCACAGAAAAAAAAAAAACAUUUACCUCAUCCUCUUGACACCAUUCAUCAGUUCAGUGUGAAAAUGGUGGCUGUUAAUUGUUUGCGUUGUUCCCUCCCUCUCCUCGCUGUAGAGGACCAUGGGAGGGCUGUUUUGUGUGUCUUGUCUUGCAAAGAAAUAUUUUUUUAAUCAUUAAAUGAGCAAAAUGACAUUUUCUUUUCCUUUUUUUUGUAAGUGCUUUCACUUUUCUUGUUUUGUUAUUUUCUUAUCCAAAGUGAAGUCUGUACACGACCGUUAAGCACAGUAUUCUAUCCAAUAAAGCUGACAUUGAGCGGAUUCGAGGCUCCCUUCACGUCUGCAGUGCCCACAACCUGAA